AUGGCUUCCUCCGCCACCAACCUGUCGGCCAACGACAAGAUCCAGCGAUUCCCGGCUCCCAGCCGGCCGCUGAGCCCUCUCCCCGAGCAUGCCCUCUUCACCGACAAGACCCGAUGCUUCGUCUACGGUCUACAGCCCCGAGCCGUCCAGGGCAUGCUGGAUUUCGACUUCAUCUGCAAGCGCGCCAAGCCGUCCGUCGCCGGCAUCAUCUACACCUUCGGUGGCCAGUUCGUCAGCAAGAUGUACUGGGGAACCAGCGAGACCUUGCUGCCCGUUUACCAGCAGGUUGACAAGGCCAUGGCCAAGCACCCCGACGUCGAUGUGGUCGUCAACUUCGCCUCGUCGCGAAGUGUCUACAGCUCCACCAUGGAGCUGAUGGAGAACCCCCAGAUCAAGACCAUCGCCAUCAUUGCCGAGGGUGUCCCCGAGCGACGAGCUCGUGAGAUCGCUCAUGUGGCUCAGAAGAAGGGUGUCACCAUCAUUGGCCCCGCCACUGUCGGUGGUAUCAAGCCCGGCAGCUUCAAGAUCGGUAACACUGGUGGCAUGAUGGACAACAUUGUCGCUUCCAAGCUCUACCGCAAGGGCUCCGUCGGCUACGUCUCCAAGUCUGGUGGCAUGUCCAACGAGCUCAACAACAUCAUCGCCCAGAACACCGACGGUGUCUACGAGGGUAUUGCCAUUGGAGGUGACCGAUACCCCGGUACCACCUUCAUUGACCACCUUCUGCGUUACCAGGCCGAUCCUGAGUGCAAGAUCCUCGUCCUCCUCGGUGAGGUCGGUGGUGUUGAGGAGUACAAGGUCAUUGAGGCCGUCAAGCAGGGUGUCAUCACCAAGCCCAUUGUCGCCUGGGCCAUUGGUACCUGCGCCAGCAUGUUCAAGACCGAGGUUCAAUUCGGUCACGCCGGCUCUUUCGCCAACUCUCAGCUCGAGACUGCUGCCAUGAAGAACCAGAAGAUGGCUGAGGCUGGUUUCCACAUCCCCGAGACCUUCGAGGAGCUCCCCUCUCUCCUCAAGUCUGUCUACGACAAGCUCGUCAAGGAGGGCACCAUUGUCCCCCAACCCGAGCCCGUCGUUCCCAAGAUCCCCAUCGACUACUCUUGGGCCCAGGAGCUUGGCCUCGUCCGAAAGCCCGCUGCCUUCAUCUCCACCAUCUCCGAUGACCGUGGCCAGGAGCUCCUCUACGCUGGCAUGCCCAUCUCUGAUGUCUUCAGGGAGGAUAUUGGCAUUGGUGGUGUCAUGUCUCUUCUGUGGUUCCGCCGCCGUCUCCCCCCCUACGCCUCCAAGUUCCUCGAGAUGGUCCUCAUGCUCACUGCCGACCACGGUCCCGCCGUGUCUGGUGCCAUGAACACCAUCAUCACCACUCGUGCCGGUAAGGACCUCAUCAGCGCCCUGGUGUCUGGUCUCCUGACCAUCGGUUCCCGAUUCGGUGGUGCCCUCGACGGUGCCGCUGAGGAGUUCACCAAGGCUUUCGACAAGGGCCUCAGCCCCCGAGAGUUCGUUGACGGCAUGCGCAAGGCCAACAAGCUGAUCCCCGGUAUCGGUCACCGUGUCAAGUCGCGAAACAACCCCGACUUGCGUGUUGAGCUUGUCAAGGAGUACGUCCUGGCCAAGUUCCCCAGCCACAAGCUCCUCGACUACGCCCUGGCCGUCGAGACCGUCACCACUUCCAAGAAGGACAACCUGAUCCUGAACGUCGACGGCUGCAUCGCCGUCUGCUUCGUCGAUCUCGUCCGCAACUGCGGUGCCUUCUCUGCCGAGGAGGCUGAGGACUACCUCAAGAUGGGUGUCCUGAACGGUCUCUUCGUUCUCGGCCGAAGCAUCGGUCUGAUUGCCCACUACCUCGAUCAGAAGCGACUGCGCACUGGUCUGUACCGUCACCCCUGGGACGAUAUCACCUACCUCCUGCCCAACCUGGCGGAGGCUGGUGCCCCUGGCGCCGAGGGCCGAGUGGAGGUCACUCUGUAA